UUAUCAAAAUGGCUGAACUAUAAAGACGUGUAUUUCGAUAUUUUAUCAAAAUGGAGCUAAAAAGCGAGUAUUUUACGCAAGUAAACGAAUUUUCAAGUUAUUCAGAAGUGAGAAACGCAGUCAGUUGUGGUGAUAUAGCGUAUAACACAGACAGAGUGAAGAUAUACGAUUCAGGACCUUGCUAUUCUCAGGAAGUGUCUAUCAUUGGGUUGAAGUGUUAUAGACUUAUUCACAAGCCUUUUUCAGACGUGUGUAUGUGCAAUAUGAACAUGACUGUUUAAGUGUAACAUGCCUUAGCAUCCUCAUUAAACUGUAAAAUGAAUAUAAGUGUUAACAAAAUGAAUAACAGAACAACUUUCGGUUCGCGCAAUAGGCGCAAUCUACUGGAAUUGCCAAUAAAUUUUCCCAUAACUAACUAUUCUACGGACGCUCAAUCCAAAGCAAUGAAGGACGCAUUCGCGGAUACUUUAUUACUCAACAACAUAAACAAAUUGCAUCUAAUUUCGGACCCGUUAAGGAAAAACCUUGCCGAUUCUGUGAUAACAGCAUCUAGCAUGGACAAAACAAAGGAAAAAGAAUACGAAGCGGAGAAACCUCCGCAGUCUAGUGAGUCGCAAACACCAUUGAGUGGUAUUACGAAUUUUUUUACCGGUGUUUUCAACGUGAUGACUGCUAUGUUUCAAAAGAGAGCCAGCUCGCCAGUGCCACAAUAUUACGACUGUUUCGAUUUUGAAGACGAGGGCCAGAUGUCGCCGUCGCUCGCUUGGCACGCUGCCAAGUUGGAGGUUCAAAAUAAAAAUGAACAGGUUGAGCAGUUUGGUUGUAACAAUUCUACAACAAAUUCGAACACAAGCAUGACUACAAGUAGAAAUGUAGUUGGUAAUUGUGAGGAUAAGUUGAACCAGGUGCGUAUGCUGUUGACGGACAAGAAACCGCAGCAAGCACGCAAACGGAGGCCCAGGAGGGUCUUCGUUGAAUCUGGCUCAGUGUCAGACUCAUUUGAGGAUGCUUUCUGUCCUGAAGACAUUGUUAAUCUGCCCAACGAUACUUUAAUAGAGUGCUACGGAGCAUAUAAACAUCAAGAACAAGAUUUAUUUGAGACUGAUGCGCCUUAUGUCAAGACUGAAAUGUAUGUAAAUGAAUCAAUGGAUAUAGUAACUAAUUUACCAGAGGAUAAAGACCAGAAUGUUAAACCGGAUAACACAAUUAGCAUAGACAAAGAUCAAGUGAUAUCGUCUUGUGAGGACAAAAUUAACAAAAUAAAAGAGUUGCUAAAGUCAAAAUGUAAACGUAACAGUGAUAUUACAGAGUGUAAUGAUUCAAAAACAUCACCGAUCCCGAUAAAAGAAGUGUCGAACGAAAUUUCGUUUGGCAACGAGAUUCUCAACAACAGCAAGGACUCAGAAUCAUCAAUACCAGAGAACAGCUUUGAUGAAGUGACCGGCAAAUUCUAUUCUUCCUCUGCAGAUAGCGACGAUUCGUUCCAAAUCGUGUUCACUGACAAACGACAGAGAAUACCGUCGGAGUGUGAAUCGGAAGACUCGUUUAUCGUGUUCGAAGAAUCUCCAGACAGUUGUUACACAUCCAACGAUGUUUUCGGCAACGAGAACGACUCAGACACGGAUUCCGACUUAGAAGAAGACUCUGGGUACGGAAUAACAACUUGCAAGUUGAAUCAUUCGUUGUCGCGGACCUUUGGUGAUCUCACGGACGAUACUUUGUACAGUGCUGAUGUAGUGGAUUGUGCUGUGCGUAUCGGGGAAGCGGCUGAUGUGCCUGAUGAAGCGAGUGCGCCAGAACAUACAGGAUUGCUUCUCGAUGAACAGAGGAAGGUGGAGAAGCGGAAACUACCACCGAAAAAGGUGCAUUUCUCCCCACACCCUCCAAAGGUCCACGUGAUGCGAGUGUGGGCGUUCGCCGCGCGGCAAGCGCGAGCGGGCCACUGGGAGCGGCACGCGCUUGACCGUGAACGGUUUCGGCGACGAAUUGCAGACGUCGAAAUGGCGAUAUCCUGGGUGCUAAAGCCUCAACACCGUUCCAGAGUCGUGUUCCAAAGGUUCAUGCCUUGGUGGAACGCGCAGAGACGCAAAGAAAUAGCGGACAAGAAAGUUCUAGAAGAAAAAAGACUAAAGGAAGAAGAAGAGACAGAAAAUAGGCUUAAAGAAGAACAUGAGAAACAUGUAAAUGAUGUUCUAGAAGAAAAAAGGCUUAAGGAAGAAGGAAAUAUACAUACAGAUGGUGUUUUACAAGAAAAAGAUGACGGUAAAGAUGUAGGUGAAGAACAAGGACAGCAUGAUGGUGUUGAAAUAGAGAGUGUUGUUAGUGGAAGCGAGAUAGAUAUAUCUAAAUUGGAUUUGAAUGAUAAAGAAUUUAAUAUACAUAAUUUGGAAAGAGAGAAAGAUAUAGAAUCAAAAGUUAUAGUAAAAGGUCAGAUAAGAGGAGUUAAAAUAGAUGUGUCACUAAAUAAAAAAGUUUUGAAUAAAAAGCGAGUUAACAAUAAUAAUAUGAAACAAAAUAAAAAUAUGCAAAAAAAUAAAAAUAAAUCGGAAAAAGAGGAUAUUAGGAGUUGUUCGGAAAAUGUUAAAAUAAAUGGUUUUGUAAAUGGAGACGUUGCAAAUAGUAAAAAAUAUAUUAUUAAUGGUUUAGAUACAAAUAUUCAUUCAGAUAAUGUUAAAAUUAACGGUUUUAUAUCGGACUCGGAAAUAAAUCAAGAUUUAACUGUCAAAAAAUACAUCACAGAACAAGAUACUUGACGAAGGGAAAUACUUAUAUCUAGGAUAUCUGUAAAUUGUUAGUUUUAAAAAUUUACGUGAUUUUUACAAAGGCAUACUUUUCUAGCUGACCCGAUAGAUGUUGUCCUAUUAUGCUGACUGUGAAAUAAUAAUCUUCUAUAAUAUAAAAAUGAAUCCCAAAAUGUGUCGGUAAGCGCAUAAAUUGAGAACGGCUUAACCGAUUUCGUUAAUUCUUUUUUUUAAAUAUUCCUUGAAGUUCGAGGAUGGUUCUUAUGUAGAGAAAACGUGAAUAUGUACCACGGGCGAAGCCGGGGCGGACCGCUAGUUUGCAAUAAAAUAUAUUUACGACUAUAAACUGAAAUGU